AUGGUCUUAUUUUUUCUUUCUGCAUAUCUCCAUAAGUGUAUCACUGAAUCAUUAGCAACAACUCAAGCUAAAGUACUACUAGAAGUACAAGGUGGUAAACAUGAACUACAUCAUGUUGAUCUACCAGCAGAAUCAUUAUCAACAACUCAAGCCAAAGUCUUACUUGAAGUACAAGGUGGAAAACAUGAAUUACAUCAUAUUGAUCCACCAGGAGAAUCAUUAGCAACAACUCAAGCUAAAGUACUACUAGAAGUACAAGGUGGUAAACAUGAACUACAUCAUGUUGAUCCACCAGCAGAAUCAUUAUCAACAACUCAAGCCAAAGUCUUACUUGAAGUACAAGGUGGUAAACAUGAAUUGUAUCAUGUUAAAAGUCCUCCAAAAGAUGGUUUAACUGAUGCUGAAAAACAAGCUUAUCUAGAAGAAAAGCAUCAAAAACAAGCUUAA